AUGAUGCAGUUGCUUGUUAUCAGAGAAAGAAUUAAUAUCAAAGAUCUGAAAAAUAUUCUGGAAGGCAUUGGGAUAGAAUUCACACCUCAUGAAUACGUGGAACUGGUGAAAAGUCUGCACGUUGAUGAUGAUGGAAGUAUAUAUGAAAAUAGAUUGCUAGAUGGUGUGAAAUCUUUCAAUGGUGGGAAGGUUGAUGUCAGUAAUCUGGAAAACAUUUUGGAAAACAUGAAAAUCAAGUUCCCAGAUAAGAAACUUAAAGAUUUGUCACAAAACCUACCAGUUGAUGCUUCUGGCAUGACUGACCUGCAUAAACUGCUAAAAGAAGUGAAGAAACUCACAGGAGAAAAAGUUGAAGCCAAAGACAUACGCAAAAUACUAAGCAACAUGGGAAUAGAGCUCACAAAUAGGGAAAUGUGGGAGCUGUUGAAAAUGUUGCCAGUUGCUGAUAAUGGAAAGGUAGAGAAAAAUGAAUUGCUCGGUCAUAUCCAAGCUUUUCCUGGUGGGAAGUUUCAUGUCUCUAAAAUGGAAACCAUCCUGGAAAACAUGGGUUAUGAGCUGGAGAAUGAGGAAGUUGAGGACUUGAGGAGGCACCUGCCAGUUGACGAUGAAAAAGUUAAACUGAAAACUUUCAUGGAAAAUGUAGAGUCAUUUAGAGGAAUCAAGAUUAAUGCUGAUGAAGUAGGUGACGUUUUGAAAAACAUAGGGAUAGAACUCACACCUAAGGAACGCUGGAAGCUGCUAAAAUCUCUGCCAAUUACUUCUGAUGGAAAGGUGUAUCGUAAUCGGUUGCUACACGGUUUAAAGACUUUCCAAGGAGGGAAGGUUUUAGGGAGUAAACUAGAAGCUGUUUUGACAAACUUGAGCUUUGAACUUGAAAAUAAAGAAAUGAAAGACCUACAGAACCAUUUGAAAAUUGACAAUAAUGGAAAAGUUUCUCUGAAUUCCUUGAUAAGUACAGCAAACUUAUUUUCUGGUGGUAAGAUUAAUGCCAGGGACACACAGCUUUAUCUGAAAAAUGUAGGUAUUGAAUUAACAAAUAAAGAAAAUGAGGAGCUAUUGAACAUACUACCAUUGGAUGAUAAUAAAAUGGUGUAUAAAAAUGGGCUGAUGGAUGGAGUGAAGACAUACAGAGGAGGAAAGGUUAAUAUCAAUAAAAUAGAUGAUGCUCUUAAAAACAUGGGAUUCCUUCUUGAAGAGGAAGAAUUUGAGGAACUGUGCAGUCACCUGCCAAUUAAUGAUGAGAGAAGAGUUAAACUAGAUAAACUUCUGGAUGAAGUACAUGAACUUCUAGGGGAGGAAAUUAAUUAUGAUGAUCUGGAAAAUAUUCUGAAAGACAUAGGCUUAAGAGCCGAACUGAAGAAAAACUCUAGUUUGAUGAAAAAUUUGCCGCUUGAUGCUACUGGAAAGUUAUAUAAACAUAGGUUGAUGAAGAGCAUAAACACUCUCAAAGGAGUGAAGCUUGAUGUUAAUAAGCUAGACUCCUUCAUGGAAAAUAUGGACUUUAGACUUGAAGAAGAUGAAUGCAAAGACCUGCUAAACAACCUGCCUGUGGAUGAUGAGGGGAAGGUUGAAGUGAGUGUAGUAAUGGAUGAAGGAGCUCUUUUACAGGUGAAAAGGUCGACACUAGUAACAUGGAAAUUUUUCUGGAAAAUAUGGGGAUAAAGCUCACAGAAGAUAAACACAGGGAAUUACUGAACAAUCUUCCAGUUGAUGCUAAGAGAAGGGUGUAUGUUAACAGACUGAUGAAAGAAUUGAGAUCUCUUGAAGGGACAAAGGUAUCUUCAGAUAAGGUGGACACUUUCAUAAAAAAUAUGGGAAUUGAUUUCAAGGAGAAAGAAAUCCAGAAACUAAAGG